AUGGCUACUUCAACUUCUACUGUCUUAAGAUUUCAACGUAAAGUUGCAUUACUUAUUGGAAAUCAAAAUUAUUAUCGAUCUGAAGAUCAACUUCGUCAUACAAUUAAUGAUGUUGAUGAUAUUAGUAUUGCUUUACGAAAUAUGAAAUUUCAUUUUUCUGGUCAUGGUUGUGAAAUUAAUGGAAGAAAUUAUUUAUUACCAAUUGAUGAUGAAUUAGUUGAGAAUGACAAAGGUAUAGAGAAUUGUGCAAUUAAUAUUGAAUGUAUCCUUCAUCAAUGGUCAAAACAAUAUCCAUCUUCAAUUAUCAUAUUUAUAUUAGAUUGUUGUCGAUUACCUUAUCCAUACAAAAAGAAGAGAAUUAACAAUGUUAAACGUGAAAGUAAUGAUUCACAUCCAAUGGAAUUACCUGUUGGUACAUAUGUUGUCUUUGCUUGUAGUCCAUAG